GCGGCGGCGCGAUGGCGGCGGCGACAGCGGGGAGCGGGGCAGGGGCCGCGGCCGGGAGCGGGGCCGCAGGCAGCCCCGAGGCCACCGGCGGGAGCAGCGGCGGCGGCGGAUGGCGGCGUCCCCACGGGCCGCUCCAGCGCUACUAUGGCCCGGCCACUGCCGAGGCGGCCGAGGCGGACCCGGACCCCACCGACAUCAACGGGCCCCACUUCGACCCGGAGGUGUUCAUGACCAAGGUGCGCAGCGAGUGUCCCCUGGGGCAGCUCCUGGCCCGCGAGGCCGCGCUGAGCCGGGAGAUCCGCGCCCUGGACAGCGACAUGCAGACCCUGCUCUACGAGAACUACAACAAGUUCAUCUCCGCCACUGACACCAUCCGGAAGAUGAAGGUGGAUUUCCGGCACAUGGAGGCGGAGAUGGACGACCUGGCGGCCAACAUGGCGGCCAUCAGCGCCUCGAGCGCCCGCGUCAGCGCCGCGCUGCAGGACCGGCACCGCCGCGGCGCCCAGCUGGCCGGGGUGCAGGCGCUGCUGCGGAAGCUGCAGGCGCUGGUGGAGGUGCCGGGGCGGCUGCGGCGCUGGGCGGGCACGGAGCCGGCUCGUGCCCUGCGCUGCCACGCCCGCGCCCGCGCCGUGCUGCGCCACUACCGCCACCUGCCCUCCUUCCGCGCCAUCGAGGACGAGAGCCACGCCAUCAUGGCCGACCUGGCCCAGCGCCUCCGCACACGCCUCCGGGAGGAGAAGCUGGACCCCAAGGAGCUCACCGAGUGCGUGGAGAUGCUGCUGCAGCUGGAGGAGCCGGCCGAGGAGCUGAGCGAGGAGUUCCUGAGCCAGGCGGGCACGCGCCUCGAGGCCGAGCUGGCGGCGCUGGAGGCCGAGCUGCCCGCGGCCGACCCCUCGGGCGCGGCCGCCACGCCGCCGCCGCCCGCCUCCGACAUCCUGGACUUCGUGGACCGCGGCAGCUCGGCCUUCGUGGGCACGCUGUGCCAGCUGGCCGGCUCGUACCGCGCGCUGUUCGGCGGGGACGCGGGGCGCGCCGCCGCCGCGCUGGUGGCCCGGGCCGCCCGCGAGCGCGUCGACCGCUACCUGCGCGCCCUGCAGACCUUCUUCCUGGGCUGCCUGGGUGACGUGCGCCAGGCGCUGGCCGCCCCUCGGCCCCCCGGCAAAGAGGGGCCCGGCCUGCCCGACCUGCUGGCCACGCUGGCCGCCUCCGUGCUGGGCCAGCUCAAGGCCGUGCUGGCCUACGUGCAGCUCUUCACCGCCAGGGACGUCGCCUUCGCCAGCCUGCCCUACUUCAAGGGGGAGUUCUGUGUGACAGCAGUGCGUGAGGGACUGGUGGUGGCCUUCGUGCGCUGGCUGUGCCGCACCGCCCGUGGCUUCGCUGAUGGCCCAGCUGAGCGGGGAGCUCCCGCUGCCCCCCCGGCCCUGCUGCUGCUCCUCGCCCGUCUCUGCCUGGACUACGAGAACUCCACCAUCAGCUACAUCCUCACCCUCACUGAUGAGCAGUUCCCGCCCCAGGACUCGGGGCCGGCGGUGACGCCGGGGCCGGCGCUGUGUGCGGAGGCGCGGGCGGCGGCGCAGCGGCUGCUGGACCACUACGUGCAGGUGCAGGGCGCGGCCGUGGCGCAGAUGCUGCGCAAGAGCGUCGAGACGCGCGACUGGCUGGGCACCGUCGAGCCGCGCAACGUGCGCGCCGUCAUGAAGCGCGUGGUGGAGGACAUCACCGCCAUCGACGUCCAGGUGGGGCAGCUCUUCGAGGAGGGGGUGAGGCGGGCGCAGAGCAGCGAUUCCAGCCGGCGCGCCUUCUCCGUCUACAGCAGCUCACGGGCACCCGGCCGCUAUGCCCCCAGCUACACCCCCAGUGCCCCCAUGGACACUCACCUGCUCAGCAACAUCCAGAAGCUUUUCUCUGAGCGCAUUGACAUCUUCAGCCCUGUUGAGUUCAACAAGGUGUCGGUGCUGACGGGGAUCAUCAAGAUCAGCCUGAAGACGCUGCUGGAGUGCGUGCGGCUGCGCACGCUGGGGCGCUUCGGGCUGCAGCAGGUGCAGGUGGACGGGCACUACCUGCAGCUCUACCUGUGGCGCUUCGCCUCCGACGAGCGCGUGGUGCAGGGGCUGCUGGACGAGGUGGCCGCCAGCGCCGCCCACCGCUGCCUGGACCCCGUCCCCAUGGAGCACAGCGUGGUCGAGCUCAUCUGCGAGCGCGGGUAGGAUCAGGGACAGGGACGUGCCACACCCGGGGCCUGUUACAUCCCUGUGUGUCCUUCCCAAGACGAGGAUACCUUGUCCUCAUACCGGGUUACACCAUGUUGUUCAAACCCCUCCUUCCCCAUUGCCUUCCCAGCCUAGUGACAGUGUCAUCCCCCCACCCUGGUGACAUCCCCUCGUGCCUGGAGACAGCCCCUUUGUCACUAAUAAAUUAUGUGUGAGUUGAA